AUGGCUAAGCAGGCAAAACAGACACCGGAAGGGAUUGUGUUCCCCGAGGAUGGCGAAGGUGGUCGCUCUACCCAGAUCGCUGGCCGUGCCGCCUAUGCCGCGGCAAUCGGUGCCAUCGACAAAAUCGCAGGGGAGAAGACUUUGAAGGAGAAGUCGUGGCGCAAGGGUUACACCAAACACGUAACCAAAUUUGUAGAACUUAGUGUAGUGGAUGCGAAGGCGGCUGUUAUUGGCGCCGAGGCUGGUCUAGAGCACAUGCACGACCAGUUUCAGUUCGUCCGGGAUGGCACUGCUAUGUCCAUCUCAAAGGCCAUGACGAGUAUAUCUACCAGCUUUGAGACUGGUAUCGUAAAGGGAAGUAAGCCCAUGGGCAAAGAGCCUUUUGAGAUCCCAUACGGUGAUACCAUCUUGAAGGGAAUGGCACUUUGUGACCAGGUGUGGCUAUGUUAA